AUGAACAUCAGUAAUGACACCACUCCAACUGGAGGAGUACGAGCAGUAACAACCUUCCACAAUGGAAGCAUAGCUGUUGAACUCGAUAGUGAAAACCUGGCAACAUGGCUCAGAGAUCUGGUGGGAAGACCUGCUCUAGCUGCGCAACUGGGACCCUCUGUAUUGUUCCACAGUCAUACUUUUGCCCUCGUCAUAGAAUACUUACCAAUCCAGAUGCAGAUUGACUCUGACAGAUUUUUAAGAGAUAUUGAGAAGGAGAAUGACCUACUGGAGGACUCUCUCCCCUCCAUCCGAUGGAUUAAGCUGUUAACCCGCAGGACCCAGGAAUAG